ACACACACACACACACACACACACACACACACACACUCGGAAAGUUUGAUAGCUUUACUAUGCGCUUGUUUAAUCUUGUACACAGUGAAACAGGUGCACUCGGACCGCACCGUGAACCAAUCAGAACGCCGAGGGGGCGGGGUUGACGCGUAAUCACCCUCACUUUGGACCAAUCCUCUGCGUAGUGGGUGGUUCUGCUCGAGCAGGUGGGCGUGUCCUGUCGGGUUCGUGGCGUCGCUGCGUAGAGAAGUCUGACUACUGAUACACACUCACACACACACACACACAGGCGCGCGCGCGCACACACACGCACAUAGGGGAGCGAGUAAUGGCAUGAAGCAUUAACAGCAGCAGCAGCACCAUCCUGACUAAAGCGCUUCACACACACACACACGCACACACGCUGAGCCACUCUGAACUUUGGCUGCGUGCUUUGCGCUGCGAGCGGAGCGCAGAAUCCUGCAGCGCCAGUUGAAGUGUUUUACGCGCGGACGCGCCGCGGCUGUCGGACAUGGGAGCGGAUUAAUGAGGAGCUUUUAUCCGGAGCUUUGAUGGGAGUUGCUGUGUGUUUUUUCGCCCCUGUGCCGAAGUGAGCCAUGUUUCCUCCCUGUGCUCUCUCCUGCCUGGCUGUUCUGCUCGCCUCGGCGCUGCUGCGAGGGACCAACUCACAGCAAGUGUGCACGGGCACAGAAAACAAACUGAGUACCCUGUCGGAUCUAGAGCAGAAGUACCGGAUCCUGCGCAAGUACUAUGAGAACUGUGAGGUGGUGAUGGGCAACCUGGAGAUCACCAACAUCGACCAUAACCGGGAUCUGUCAUUUCUCAGGUCCAUCCGGGAGGUGACGGGUUAUGUGCUGGUGGCUCUGAAUCAGUUCGAAUAUCUGCCUCUUGAGAACCUGAGCAUCAUCCGUGGUACACGGCUCUACGAAGACCGCUACGCCCUCGCCAUCUUCCUCAACUACCGCAAAGGCGGCCCUUUCGGACUGCGCCAGCUCGGCCUGAAGAACCUCACGGAAAUUCUGCACGGAGGUGUGUAUGUGGACCAGAAUAAGUUGCUGUGCCAUGCUGACACCAUCCACUGGCAGGAUAUCGUGAAGAACACUGAUCACCUGGUGGUUCCAUCCAACAGCAGCAGCUCUUGUCAGAGGUGCCAUCGUGCCUGCAACGGCCGCUGCUGGGGUCCAAAAGAGAGCCAGUGUCAGAGCUUGACUAAGACGGUGUGCGCUGAACAAUGUGAUGGACGUUGUUUUGGUCCCUAUGUCAGUGACUGCUGCCACAAGGAGUGUGCAGGAGGCUGCUCGGGUCCAAAAGACACCGAAUGCGUUGCGUGCACUAACUUUAAUGACAGCGGGGCGUGUGUGACGCAGUGUCCUCAGCCCUUCGUCUACAACCCUACCACCUUCCAACUGGAACACAACCCUCGCGCCAAGUACACAUACGGAGCCUUCUGCGUCAAGAAGUGCCCACAUAACUUUGUGGUGGAUCACAGCUCGUGUGUCCGUGCGUGUCCCAGCAACAAGAUGGAAGUGGAAGAGAACAAGAUAAAAAUGUGCAUUCCCUGCACUGACAUAUGCCCCAAAGCAUGUGAUGGAAUCGGGACGGCGAGUCUGCAGACGGCUCACACCGUCGACUCCAGCAACAUCGACAGGUUUAUUAACUGCACUAAGAUCAAUGGCAACCUGGUGUUCCUCAUCACGGGAAUCAAAGGUGAUGCAUACCACAACAUCGAGGCUUUGGACCCAGAGAAACUCAACGUGUUCCGCACUGUUCGCGAGAUCACCGGUUUCCUGAACAUUCAGUCAUGGCCAGAAAACAUGACGGACCUGAGCGUCUUCUCUAAUUUGGCAACCAUCGGUGGCCGAUCGCUCUAUAGUGGAAUCUCUCUGCUGGUGCUCAAGCAGCAGUGGAUCUCGUCGCUGCAGCUGCAGUCUCUGCGUGAGAUCAGCGCCGGCAACGUCUACAUCUCCAACAACAGCCAGCUGUGCUACUACAACACCAUCAACUGGACCAGCCUCUUCCGCAUCCCGACACAGAAAGUCCUGAUCCGCAACAACAGGGACCCGAAAGAGUGCCUUAUGGAGCGCAUGGUGUGUGACCCGUUGUGUUCAGACGCCGGGUGUUGGGGUCCGGGUCCAGAUCAGUGCCUGUCGUGCCGCUUUUUCAGCAGGGGGCGCAUGUGUGUGAAGUCCUGCAAUCUAGACUACGGGGAGGUGCGAGAGUUUGCCAACGGCUCCAUGUGUUUGGAGUGUGACGCUCAGUGUGAGAGAGCUGAAGAUGACGGUCUGACCUGCACUGGGCCGGGUCCUGAUCAUUGUGUGAAGUGUCUUCACUUUAAAGAUGGGCCUAACUGUGUGGAGAAAUGUCCCGAUGGACUCCAGGGAGCCAAUAGUUUCAUUUUUAAAUAUGCAGAACCCAACAAGGAAUGUCGUCCCUGCCACACCAACUGCACCCAGGGGUGCACCGGGCCCAGGCUUCAGGACUGCAUUGGCAUGAUUGACAGGACUCCGCUGAUUGUGGCAGGGGUGAUCGGUGGCUUGUUCGUGGUGGUCAUCGUGGCCCUGGGCGUGGCCGUGUCGGUGAGAAGGAAAAGCAUCAAAAAGAAAAGAGCACUCAGGCGCUUCCUGGAGACGGAGCUGGUGGAGCCUCUGACCCCGAGUGGUGCGGCACCCAAUCAGGCCCAGCUCAGGAUACUCAAGGAGACGGAGCUGAAGAGGGUGAAGAUUCUUGGUGCAGGAGCCUUCGGUACCGUCUACAAGGGGAUCUGGGUGCCCGAGGGUGAGACGGUGAAGAUCCCGGUAGCAAUUAAGAUCCUGAACGAGGCGACGGGACCCAAAGCCAACGUGGAGUUCAUGGAUGAGGCGCUGAUCAUGGCCAGCAUAGAGCAUCCUCACCUGGUGCGUCUGCUCGGAGUGUGUUUGAGUCCCACCAUCCAGCUGGUGACCCAGUUAAUGCCCCACGGCUGCCUGCUCGACUACGUACACGAGCACAAGGACAACAUCGGCUCCCAGCUGCUGCUCAACUGGUGUGUGCAGAUCGCCAAGGGCAUGAUGUAUCUGGAAGAGCGGAGGCUGGUGCACCGAGACCUGGCAGCCAGGAAUGUGCUGGUCAAAUCCCCUAACCACAUCAAGAUCACAGACUUCGGGUUGGCGAGGCUGUUGGACGCAGAUGAAAAGGAAUACAAUGCGGAUGGGGGGAAGAUGCCUAUUAAAUGGAUGGCCUUGGAGUGUAUCCACUACAGGAAGUUCACGCACCAGAGCGAUGUCUGGAGUUACGGAGUGACUAUUUGGGAGCUGAUGACGUUCGGAGGAAAGCCGUACGAUGGAAUUCCCACACGUGAGAUCCCUGACCUGCUGGAGAAAGGAGAACGACUCCCUCAGCCACCCAUCUGCACCAUCGACGUCUACAUGGUCAUGGUGAAAUGCUGGAUGAUUGACGCGGACAGCAGGCCGAAGUUUAAGGAGCUAGCGGCGGAGUUCUGCAGAAUGGCCCGAGACCCCCAGCGCUACCUCGUCAUCCAGGGUGACGACCGGAUGAAGCUGCCCAACCCCAAUGACAGUAAGUUUUUCCAGAGUCUGCUGGAUGAAGAGGAGCUGGAGGACCUGAUGGAUGCCGAGGAGUACCUGGUGCCUCACACCUUCAACAUCCCCCCGCUUACCUACACCACUCGCUCACGCCUUGACUCCAACCGAAAUCAGUUUGCCUAUCAGGAUGGCAGUUUUGGUAUGGAGGCGAUGAUGGCCACGAUACCGCGAGUGGUAGCUGUGUCCUCUGUAUCACCAUCGUGCUCCAAUCAAGAGCCUCAGCAGGGUGCAGCAGGAGUCACAGAAGACCCGCGUUGUAACGGCACCCUGAGAAAACAAGCAUCUCCCCGGGUCAGGACCGGAGAAGAAAGCAGUGCUCAGCGCUACAGCACUGAACCCACACUGCUACUGAGUGAACGAGCAGCCAGAGCUGAAAAAGACCAGGAUGGAUACAUGACUACUAAGAAGGAGAAGAAACCCACAGAUUAUCUCAACCCUGUGGAGGAGAACCCAUUUGUGACACGCCGCAGAAAUGGAGAAGUCCAUAAUCUAGACCAGGGCCACCAUUCCAGCUCCAACGGCCAACCCAAGAUGGAGGAUGAAUAUGUCAAUGAUCCACUGUAUCUCAACACCUUCCACAACUCUGGAGAGAAGAAUCAGGAGGCCAUGCGUAAGAAUGGCGUCCCUGUGGCUCAUGCAACGGUGGCGUCGGGCAACUCUGGUACUGCCAGUGGCCAAAAUAUUGCCCCAAAAGGUCAUCCAUCACACAGUGCUCCCUCAGGGCAUGGCCACAUCCCAGCACAGCCCAUUUACUCUACUCAGUCCGGUAUACCCAUUCUUUCAGGUCACACGAUCCAUCCUUCACUUUCGGGCCACACCCUCCACGCAUCACAUACCCUCCACCCAGCUCACUCUGGCACCGUUGUAGCGGACAAAAAGCCCAAAAAGACCUUUGACAACCCUGAAUACUGGCAGCACAGUCUUCCACCCAAGGCGACACUACACGGGCCGGAGGUCUUGCAGGACUGCAGCACACGCUUCUUCUACAGGCAGAAUGGCCGCAUCCGGCCUGCCGUAGCUGAAAACCAGGAGUACCUAACAGAGUACGCCCUGAAAACAGGCACCGUGCUCCCACCGCCACCCUACCGGCAGAGGAACACAGUGGUGUAGCACCAGCGAGGCGAAAGAAAGAAAGAGAGUGGAAGGAGAAGGAGAAUAGAAGAAAAGAAGCAGUCAUGUUUUCUUCUCACCCUGGAUCUUAUACCAGUACCAGUUCUUCUACCGUUCCCUCUUCUCCUCUCCUCCUGACUGUAUUUCAUGCUUAAUUAGCAUCCAGAUGGUGUUUCUCUAAACAAGACAGCUGAAAGACAACCAUGUCAGUCAACCCUUCUCCUUGUUUCACUCCUCCACAUCCCACUGUCACAAAUCCUUGCCAUGGUGUCGUUGGCACGUAGACUUCGCAUUUUCUUGGCGAGACAGAUACCCUUUCCUCCGCCAUGCCAGAUCCUCUACUUGCACCACACUGGAAUUGGUUUGGAGAACUGGUAGGCAAGUUAACAUUUACAACAAGGUCUUUGACUGCCAAUCUACUGCCACACUGUGGACAGUUUUAAAGAAGUCAAGACAAAACAGCACCAAGCCUGUCUACGUGGGCCCUUUUUCUGCACUGCUAUUACCCUAGUAAUUAUUUAUCCUAAUUUGUUAGAUAGAUAUCAAAAUGGUAUUCCAGAUGCUAAUACAUACUGUUCCUUUACUACAGCUGCAUUUUCGUGACUUACCACACGUGACGCUCUUAAAAAGUCCUAGGAGAGGUGUUCGGGACAGCAUCCUGUCUCAUCUUCAUAGUACCAUUUAGUCCCUAUUAUAGUCACCGCAUUUCUUUUUAGAUCACUGAUAAUAGAGUUACCCAAAAGGUCCAAAGACCUAAUGUUGGGACCAUGAAGUGCCAGCACAAACCCCAUGUGUCCAAACGUCUCAAGCACACACACGCGCAUACAAGCCAAAAAUAAAUAAAUAAAUAAAAAUGGUGAGUUUCAGCAUGGCACUCACACAGAGAGGAACGUAUAGCUACUGCAAAGUCUACUGUUCAUAAAAGAAGAUGUGUUCAAUAGUCUGUUGCGGUUUUUUUUCUUUCUUUCUUUCUUGUCCACCCAGCCAGCAUCGAUUUUUUUUUUCCACCAUCACACAGCAACAGUUGUCACACAGCAAAAGCACCAGUUAUGAUAAUGGACCGCACCCAGAGAGGUGAUAAAAAAGGACUAUACAGAGUGCACAAACUGGAUCUAUCUGAAAUGCCUGAUAAUAAUGACCAAGGCAUAUACAGAAUGGGCGAUAUAGACCUCUUGGCCAAUACUGACCUUUUGUUGAUUGCUUGAGCAGUACAGUCUGAGAUACGAGGAGUGAUAUGAAAUUGUGAUAGUCCAUCAAACGAGGGCCGGCAAGUGGUAGACUGGGACUCACGGUCAAUAGGAAACGCUUGAGCUGGCACAAUUAAUACUGAAGCAGAGGAGCAUGUGCCAAGUGGAAACAAACAAACAAACAAACAAAAAAAAAAAAAACACUAAUAUACAACAUUUGGGGCAGAGACUUCUGAGUUCUCGGUAUCAGUCUUCUCCCUUUGGACUGUCCUCAGCUCGAAACACGAAAACUAAAGUUGUACUUCCUGCAACUUUCAUAGGUUUGUAUUAUACGAUACGCGUUUCUCAUCAUGUUGGAGAACAAAUUGAAAAAUGUCGCACGGUGAGAGAGAACAUGUCGACCAAGCGUCCAAAGCCAGGAGUACGUGGAGUUUUGAACACUGCCAGGCAUUAUGUUUUUCUGCUAAUGGAGAGACUCGGCUCGUCUCUUAUGUAGGUUUUAAAAGCACUUAAUGGUCUGGCACUGUCAAAUAACGUCUCUCUUUCCAACCACGGAGACUGAUGAAUAUUUGACUCAUCCAUUUGAUUCCUCUUUUGUCAUUAUUGGUAGAGGAAAGCCAGCCUCCAUGCGUGGGUUGUGCUUCGUGUUGUUUUUUUUUUUUUUUUUUUAAGUUGUUGUUGUUAUUAUUUUUGUUUUUAUAAUAUGUAAAGGUUUAAAAUCUCCUACCAAUGUUUUAUACCCAUAGAUUAACUAUAGUUCAAGGUAAAAAUUUGUUUCCAGUUGGGUUCUGUCGACAGUUCUCCAAGACCAGCCUAGGCUUAAUACACAGACGAUAUAGUCGGAAGGUUUUUCUGUAUACGCACGUCAUCACUUCUGGUUUGUCCCUAUACUGAAAGUGAAACUGGCACCAAUUGCAUACUGUACCAGAUGUUUUAUAUGAUUUCUUUUUUUUUUUGUUUGUUUGUUUGUUAUUAAGUAUUGUUUGCUUUAAACAAAAGUUAUUACUUUAAGUGAUCUCCAGCUGAAAACGAUGAAAAGGAACACCAAACUGCUUCACCACACAUCCCAAAGGUAUACGGAAUAGGUCAGAUUUAAAUUAUUGUUUAAUUAUUCUACGGUGUUCCUAUUAACAUCUAAAAAGAGAUAGAAAUAGCCUGCGCCGUAUCAGUUUGAUACUUGAAUCGGUUUUAAUUUAGAUAUUGGCAGUAGCUUUAUGUAACGACUGUGGACUAAGUGCCAAGCUAAACCGAGGUUAGAUGACUACUUUAGUUAUGUGCAUAAUUACUGUUAGACUGAGGUGAGAGGGAAAACGUCUAAUAAAUGGGAUGUGAGGGGAACUUCUUAGCCAGGUGAAGACACUACUUCUGCACAUGUGCUUACAUUAACGGAAUGGUUAGUAAGAUUUUCAAGGUAAAUGUGAUUCAGGCGAAUGACCGUACAACGGAGAACGACGUUCUGUGACGUGAUCGCAGAGAGGUUAAUGUAUCCUUAGUUAUUAAUAAUAGUUAUGGGCAUACAGUACAUAUCAUCAAUAAUCACUUCUCGUUCCACGUCACAUUUCACAAAGUAUCAAAAGGUUUCUGAUCAUACCUUUGAAAGCAUGUAUCAUAUAUAUAGCAGCUAUGGAGGAGGAAGUCCUUGGAGAAACCCGUGUAUAGAUGUAGCAAACACUGGGACAGAGCCCUCCUUAAACUAAUAAGCAGCUAAUAACAUAACGUCUAGACCAAAACACUGAAGGAGUAACAAACAUCUGUGAUAACCUUGAAGGGAGGAGACUCAGAAUUGAAGAAGGUUUGCGUGGCGGCCUGGGAAAACCACCCACAGGGUCAACGUAUUUAUUUAUUGUGUUUCAUUUUCCACUAAAACAGAACGGGCGUCUUAUAUGCAUAAUCAGAAGUUUAUUCUCAAUGUGAGGAAUUCAUAAUAAAUAAAUAAAAAAAAUUCAUUCAUAACCUAUGGAACCACAGCAUUAUCGCCCAGUUGUUAAGAAUUGUACAUUUGUGGGAAAUGGGUUGUAAAGUUGCUCAUCGGUAAUCAGUCUCAUCACGCCGGAUUCGUUCAUUCGCUUCUUCGGUAAAUGUUGAGUAACUUUCUUGUUAAUAAUGUCUUUUAUUCUCGGUUCGGAUCACGAUGCGAUACGAUCAGGACUAUCGAAGGCAUUUUUAACCGAUGGAGUCCGGUUACAAAAUGAAAUGGAUUGAAUACGAAUUCAUCCAACUUGACAUGCUCUGUGUGAGGGAAUAACCCUUAACUAGCGAGGUUUUAGAGGUCUUUAGGCAGAUUGACUUUUUACUGCCGUGUUUGUUAAACUGGCUCUUUGCAGGAAGUCAAAGCAAGGAUUUAAAAAAAAAUUUUUUUUUUAAAAACCUAGCCUAAAAAAUAUAUUUUAUUUAUUUAUUUAUUUAUUUUUAAAAAAUGUCCACGUUUUACCAUUUUCUGUUACUUAAAGUAGAAAUGUAAAGUAUAAUACUGGCAGAUAUUACUGCCAGAAUUUAGCCACAUCGACAUCCGAAAGGUUUUCCCACGCCGCCGCAUAUAUAAUGGACGAAAAGAUUCUCUCGAUGAAAAACCUAAAUAAGGAUCAACAUUUAGAUCUCAGUAACCUCAUUUCUCUUAAUAUGAAUGUGCAAACAAACCUUUUGAAAUGUGACCCUUUUGUAAAUAUCUGGAGCUUUUUUUUUUCUUUCUUUCUUUUUUUUUUUUUGGAUUGACAACGUGAAAACGGUAUUGAAAUGUCAUUGAAGGUUUCUUCCUUUGUGUAUUUAAUGCUUGAAGUUAAUAUCUGUAGGUACACUACUUGUCUAUUUCUUCCUGAAAUUCCUACAAACACUUCACUUGGCCUUGAAAUGUAUAUCUGGAAAACAAACGAACAAAGAAGAAAACCCGACUACAACACACUACACCAAACGAUAUACAGUCGGACAAGCAGAAAGACAGCACUUGUAUCACGAUUAUGAAAUUGUUUUAUACGUGUGUAUAUAGCGAUCAAAAUGAUUCAACCCCCCCGGUGCAAAUCAGGUUUACUGACAAAAUUCUACAGACUUUCGGCUGUUUGCGAUGAAGAAAUCAAACAAAAGUGAUUGAAAUAGUUCAACAUAAUGAACGCUUCAAGCGGUUUCCCCAAAUUCAACUGAAAAUGCGACUUGUAAUGAUUUCUCCAGUCUCAAAAUGAUUCGACCACUUCAUGGCGAGUGUCUUUAGUACUUAGUAGAGCUCCUUUUGGUGUUAUGACCUGCUGCAAACGAGACACCGGUUUCUGGCAGCGUUCCUGAGGAAUCUUAACCCGUUCCUCAUGAGCAGUGGCCUCCAGUUCAGGAAUAUUCUUGGGUUUGCGUGCUGCGACCGCCUUCUUCAAAUCCCACCUGAGAUGUUCUAUGGGGUUCAAGUCAGGUGACUGUGAUGGUCCUGUAGAAUCUUCCAGGACUUCUUCUGCAACCAAGCCUUGGUGGAAUCUGAGGUACGCUUGGGAUCAUUGUCCUGUUGGAAGUUCCGAUGACGCCCAAGCUUCAGCUCCCUCACAGACGGCAUGAGGUUUUCUCCUAGGAUUUCCUGAUACUUCAAUGAAUCCAUCUCGCCUUCCACACGCCGCAGGUUUCCAGUGCCAGAGGAUGCAAAGCAGCCCCGGAGCAUCACCGAGCCUCCACCAUGCUCGACUGUGGACAGAGUGUUCUUUCUUCAUCCUUCUUCCUCCAGACAUACCGCUGAUCCGUCGUGCUGAAAAGUUCCAGUUUUGUUUCAUCGCUCCACAGAACAGAAUCCCAAAACUUCUGUGGUUUAUUCAUAUGAUAUUGAGCGACUUUUCUCGUGCUUUUGGGUCAGUAGUGGUGAACGUCUCGGAGUUCUGGCAUGGAAACCUUCUGCGUUUAAUACGCGCCUUACUGUGCUCACUGAACCCUCAGUGC